AUGAGCACCGCGUCCAUUACACCGGCCACCCUGAUCAGUCUCCCUGACGACAUCAUAUGCGAACUAUUCUUCGCCCUCGCGAAGGUCGACGUUCCUCGUCGAGCUUCGACUCAGAACUCUCCGAGACUAUUCGACGAUUUCGCAGAGGAUCGACAUCCUUCACUCGGUUGGAUCAGGCUGACACACGUCGCUCGUCGUCUGCGCCACAUUGGUAUUGAUCUACCCACCCUCUGGGGUCGCGUAGUCAGCAUCUUUCCUAGCGCACGGGAGACUACCUUCGCGCGUUCACGAAACGCACCGCUCGAUCUGUAUCUUGGACAAAAUGGGUUCAAUGCUUACUCCCAUUGGCCGAUCGCCACCGAUGCUUUACUCGCUCGCGCUCGCUACAUUCAGGACGUCGUACACCCCGAUGCGCGAGGAUGGUGGGUCGACACCUCUCUGCCGUGUCUCGAAAUCUUGCAAAUCGAGAUCAAGGACACCGUGUUGAACGAGUCUUUGGCGCUGGGACAAGUUAUUGCUCCAACUUUGACAUCCUAUGGCAUAUACGGCGGGUUCAUACCAUUCCACGCCCCCUCGCUUCAGCGUCUUGUGGUUGGCCACAAAGUUGUAUGGACGACGUUGGUUGACUCUCUGCGUACCUGCCCGUUCCUGGAGAUGCUCGUGAUUACGGACACGCGGGAGCCUUCAGAGCCCGCGCCGGCUGCGGCAGAGCCUGUUGAGCUCAUGCAUCUCACGACUUUCAGACUGACAAUACCAUCUUCAAUGAGCGCAUUGAAACUCAUUGAGUGUCUGUCCGUGCCGGCGUCUACAAGGCCGGAGAUCAAGAACUGUACAUCGUUGAUCUUGUUCCGCAACGUCGUUCAGCGCGACACACUUUCAGGAUACAAUGCCUUGAGCAUCUCCAUCGAGCGUACAGGGGAUGCCUUCAGUUUCCAUCGUGUCGAAGCCAAUGUCUCGAAGCGAGCUCAUACUACUUUUGACGCAUACCGCGUUCGGCCCAGCACUGGCAUCACAACUAUCCAUUCGUACUUCAGCUACGAUCAUGCACUCCCUCAUCUGCUUGGAGGUGGUUUCACGCCUGAAGCCGCGUGCCGGUUUGACACCUUGGUAUUCUACAGUAACCUCGGCGCUAGCAACGCCCUUCUCCCUCCUCUUUCCGCCUCGGGAUCUGCGCUCGCAAACAUCGGGAGUAAGUUGCGCGCUUUUUCGGGGAUAACAACCCUAUACGUCCAGCGCGAGAGCGCGCAGCUUCUACUCGCCAUCCGAGACACGAUAGAGAAGAGUGUCGACGAGAUGCCCUACCCGUCACUCAAAACCAUCAUACUUGAUGUGUUCACCAGUCAUCUGGAUGCCUCCCUUUGGGAUGGCAUCAUCGAUCUUCUCCUUUAUCGCAAGGGCUACAGAUGCCCGCUUGAGCGCUUGGUGAUUAUGGGCAGUCAUCUCUGCCAUCUUUCACCAGAUGCCAGUGAUGGUAGCGAGGCGCUGAAGACGAUCGAUCUUCGACCGGUCGAGGGUCUCGUAGGCGAGAUCGUGGACCUGCGUGAGGGGGAAGCGUGUACUUGUGGCGCUGUUUGA